AUGUCCCUGACGGUGUCCAGUCCGUCAGAAAUAGCCUGCCUUGCUUCUGUUGUCUCGAGGCAGCUUGGCACUCUACCCGUCGUGGCCCGAAACAAUGCAUUGACCGCAAUUCACUCUGCUCUCAGCCAAAGUAAGGAGCGCAUCUUGCGCGCAAAUGCCGAAGAUGUCCAACAUGCAACAAAAGCUGUCAAUGAAGGGAAGUUAAGCCAGAGUGUAUUGAAGAGACUGGACUUGAGCCGCCCAGGAAAAUACGAUGAAAUGCUACGCGGGAUCCUUGAUGUUCGAGACCUCGAAGACCCAUUGGGAAAAUUGUCGUUACGGACUCUGCUGGAUGAUGGGCUGAUCCUUGAAAGAGUGAGCUGCCCCAUCGGCGUUUUGCUGAUCAUAUUCGAAGCCCGGCCGGAGGUAAUCGCGAACAUUGCCGCGCUCUCCAUCAAGUCUGGAAAUGCAGCUAUACUUAAAGGUGGGAAGGAAUCUAUUGAGUCUUUCAAAGCAAUAGCGCACGUCGUUUCAGACGCUCUCUCAUCCACGGACGUGCCCAACGCUGCCAUUCAGCUCGUAGAGUCGAGAGAUGUUAUUCUACCUCUUCUGGCUCAAGAUAGGGAGAUAGACCUUGUUAUACCUCGGGGGUCCAAUGAGCUGGUUCGCUUCAUAAAGGCCAAUACAAAAAUUCCAGUGCUUGGGCACGCUGAUGGCUUGUGUUCAAUAUAUCUUCGUGGGGAUGCAGACGUUUCUAUGGCGAGGAGUGUCAUAGUCGAUGCAAAGACGAACUACCCCGCGGCUUGUAACGCGGUCGAGACUCUUCUCGUAGAUGAAGAAGCGUUGCACACCUUGCUACCACCUGUUGCCGAGGCAUUGAUCGCUGAAGGUGUGACUCUACGCUGUGAUAAACUAUCCAACGAUGCUCUCCAAGGGAGAAUUUCACCUGCUCAAGCAGCCUAUUUACAACAGGCAAAAGAUUCGGACUAUGAUACCGAAUUUUUGGAUUUGAUUAUAGCAGUCAAAACAAUAUCAGCCACCGCCUCCUUGUCAACGCUAGAUGUAGCGAUGUCCCACAUCAAUGCACAUUCAUCAAAGCAUACUGACGUUAUUUUGACAUCUUCAAAGGAGGUGGCUGAACGAUUUCUGCUUGGUGUUGAUAGUGCAGGUGUGUACUGGAAUGCUAGCUCAAGAAUGGCGGAUGGAAUGAGGUACGGCUUUGGUACGGAGGUUGGAAUAAGCACAAACAAAAUUCAUUCUCGUGGACCAGUUGGCCUCGAAGGACUAACAAUCUACAAGUAUCUCAUCAGAGGCAAUGGCCAUACUGCUGGAGAAUUCCAAGGUGAUGGAGGAAAGCAAUGGAAACACAAAGAGUUGCCUACUGAAGAUGAAUAG